AUGAAGAUCAUCACACUCAUUCUUUUGUUCUCCUGCAGAUUCUGCACUUGUGAGUAUCCUGUACAUAACGAUGAUACUACAAAGAUUAGGAGGAACGCACCGAGAACUCAACUUAAUCGCGAAACUGGACCGAGACAACUACCUUUAACACCUCUACCCGGUGGUUCGCAUGCCAAUAUACACGGUCCUAAUGCUCAAAGGACUCCACCUCCUAGAUCUAGAGGACUCAGGGAUACAACAACAAGAGGUACUUUCCCAGGAGCAAAACCUACUGUUACACAAACUGCAGUUGGAAGGGGUACUACUAAAGUAACCGUAAACUCCAGGCCUAAUACUCAUCCAGACAUUGAGGAUAUUGGCGAGGACCCGGAAGAAGAUUUAAAGCAUGUCAAGACAUAUCAUGAGAAUAUGCAAGAAACCGCCAAGACUACCCUUGAGGUAACUAGUACUGCGGAGCCUAAAGAACCUUUGGAAUACAAGAUGGACAUGACGUUGGUUACUGUAGGAAAGUCUACUGAGGGUGUUACUUUCUAUGAGUAUACCCAUGACGAGGUAACUUACAAGACCUUCAAACCAAAGGAUGAUAAAUCUGUUGUGGAAAUUGUGGAUGGUAAGAGUCAGGUAUGGAAGAGCUCAUCUGGAAAAUGUAUAGAUGCUUGGACCUAUUCAACGGAUAUAUCCUCUCUAUGUCGUCUCGACAUUCUCUCCUCUGGUAUCAUUACUCCUCACUGCUUUGAGAAGAGAGGAAACGUUUGGAUUGCACUAGAUUUCAAGUUGUAUACAGAAAAGCUGAAGAAACUCGUAACUCACCUAUCUACAAAUAUAAGAGUUGACUUUAGAGGAGUGUCCAGGGAUCUAUGCCAUGUAUUGGAUUAUUUUGAUGCAAGGGUAUUGACCACCACAGUAUUUCCUAGGUUCAAAGCUACAGGUAUAUAUCAUGAUAAUAAAAAAAUAUGGGAACCUGGGAAUGGAGAAAUGUGUGAUCGUGCACACUUUGCAAGUGAUGGACGCAAACAUUUGGCCUAUCUCCGUACACCCACUAAGCCUGGUGAUACAACUUGUAUUUCUUUUGAAUAUACACAAGAUGGAUGGAUUGAGGGCAAUCCUUAUAAUUUUGGGCAUGAGCAUUAUGCACUGUGUCCUCUUCCUGAUGAAGUAUUUAAUGGUAAACUGGUAGACACCACUCUUGACAUAAACAGUGUAGAUAAUACUAUCAGAAUUUACAACUAUAGUUAUUCCAUGGUAACUCAUUUUGAGUAUCAAACACCUAUGAAUGCUAAUGUUACAAGGGUUAUAGAUGGAGCACAAAUCACUGUAUGGCAAGGUGGCGAGGAUGAUAGAUGCUUGUCAUGUGAAGUUUAUUCAAGGGAGGGUUAUUAUCCGGUACUUUGGCUGGUGAUAAAAAAUAGAUAUCGUACAUUUACUAAGUAUUUUGAGAAUAAUCGUGAUGAAUGGAAGGAUAUCAAUGAGGAGACUUUUAAUCUUAGACUGGCCUCUCUGAGCAACAACUCACGUUUACAGUUGCUAAAGGAUAGACUUGUGGAUAUGUCUGAAAAUGCGGAUGUAUUCGACAGAAAGACUUCUUAUACCUCGGAAGAAAUAAAUAUGCUUUAUCUGAACCAGUGGUUACUAAGUCAUGUACCUCACUGGGUAUUGGAUCAAUUCAAGACCUUUUAUCCAAAAGGUUGGUUCUCUAGGUAG